UGGCUUUUGGCGCCCGCCGCAGUAGCCAUCAGUCGACGGUGUCAGUUGGCCCACGACGGUCUUACAUAUUCCCCAUUACUCCGGAGCCCCAUUCACUUCUCUCAGUCGGAUCAGAUUGACGAAAAAUUUCAAACGUCAGAUAAAGGACAUCUAAGAAACAUCCUAUCAGCUAUAAGCCUGUCAGCCAUGCGCAACAGGAUGUCUCUGGCAGUACCCCUCCUGACCCUGGCGGUCCUCGCCAGCUGCGGCUACCACGUGGAUGCCUACUCCAAGUAUGGUCGUGGAUGCGGCGAUAUCGGUUGCCUGCCAACCGAGGAGUGCGUCAUCACCAGCGACUCGUGCAGCUACAACCAGAGGGACGGCAAGGACUGCGGCAACUAUCCGACCUGUAAGCGAAAAUCCGGAUCCUCCAACAGCAGCCCCAACCUGGCCUCGCCCUCGGCCAAUCCGUCAGGCAGCGUCCUCAAUCCCGGCUACCCGAUGCACGGCCUCCAGCCGGUGAACCCGUACAAUCCGCCCUUCGUCUUCGGCCAGCAGCCCUUCUACGGCGGCCCGACCGGCGGCACUGGCGGCAGCGGUGUCGGCGGACCGCCCGGCUCCGGGGGCAGCGUCUCCGCCGGCGGCUUGGGUCUGCCCAGCUCAACGCUGGGCAUCCUCGGAGGCGGCGGAGGCGGUCUGGCCCCCUACGGUAGCAACUAUCAGGGCUACCAGAGCCAGCACUCGAAUGCCAAUAUGUACAACAAGCCGCCGCCGCAGUAUCAGAAUCAAAAUCAACAGAAUCCCUACAACCGGCGCACCCAGGCUCAUCCCUCGGCGGCCGGGCAGCUCGGCAGCUCAUCCGGGCCUCUCCUGGUGGUCAUGGUCCUGGCCAUCGGACUAGUUCUUGGCCGGCUGCACACGUAAUAGGCCACAGCGGAGCGGCAGUUUCAGUUUCGGUUUCGGUUUUAGUUCUCACUUUCCGUAGAUUCUGAUUCAAAAAAAAAAAAAAAAAAAAAACGCUACGACCAUGAUGUUACCCUGGAAAAAUGCAAAAACCACAAGAUCAAAAGGCUCAAAAGUCGGGCAACCAUUUUCACUUCAAAACAAGGGGUUUUUUACUUAAUUUUGUUGAGAAAAUGACGGGAAAUACAGGUUAUAUCUAUACUUAUACUUAUAUUUAAAAAUAAGGCAUAAAAGGUUACAUAUUUGAUUGGAAAGUGCUCACUGUACUUAUUCUUAACCUUAAACCUUUUAUGUUUUCUCAAAAAAUAACAAAUUUUAUUGAUUUUUCCCCACAAGACUUGAAAAUUCUAUAAUUCCUAUGAAUUUUAUGGAAAAAUGAUAAAAUGGAAAAAUUCAUAAAAGGUAUAAAAUGCUUAAAAAUAAUAAUCUUUCUUCAAAAUUCUAUGAAAUAUAUUCAAAAAUUUCUAAAAUGUCAAAAAAAAAAGAAUUUCUCUUCCUUUUAAUACCAAAAUUCUUCUACAAAAGUUCUUUAUAACAAAAAAUUUAAAAAAAAAAUUUUAAUUGCUUUAAAAUGUAAAAAAUUGAACCCUAAAAGGUAUAAAGAACUUCAAAAUUAGUAUUUUCUUUAAAAAUGUAUAAAAAAAAAUAUAUUCAAACACAAACGCAACAAAUGGAAAAAAGAUAUUUCAUUACAAUACAAUAUUUAAAAAAAAUGAAUAAAAAUAAGCAAAAUUAUAAACUUUAAUUAUAAAUAAGCAAAAGAUAAACUCAAGAACUAUUGGCUAAAAAAUGGAAAAAACUCCAAAAGAAAUAGGUAUAAACAUAAAAACAAUUGGAUUGGAUUUUAAUUAGGCCACUAAUGAAAUGAAAUAUCUAAAAAAUAUCAAGGUUUCAAGUUCGAAACUCUGUUUUUGAAAAAUUGUUAAAUAUUUCCCACAAAAAAAAAAUGAAAAUAAGAAAAAAGUGAAAAUGGAAGUCCUUCUGCGAGUUAAGCUUUUUAUUUUAUUUCAACUUAUGAUUUGAAUUAUUGUUUUUAAAGUUUAAAUUUUAUAUUUUUAAUAUUUAAUAUGUGAUGUCUUGUUUAUUUUUUUUCGAAUUUUGUGCUAAAAAGCAGGAGCAGUGGCAGUGACAGGGAAUAAUAGACUUUUUUGGGCCAAAAAAAAAAAGGCAUAAAGUACUUAAUGUUUAAUAUUAGCAGUAAUUUAGUUUCAAAACAAACUAGAACUCUUUUUUUGUUUAGCCCUCUUGGCCAGUUUAGUGUUUUAAUUACAGAAUCAGUUGUUGCUGUUGUUGUUGUUGUUGUUGUUGUUUUCUGGCCUGUCUGGCACACACUUCGUAUACGUAAUUUCAAUUUAAUAUUGUUGUAGAGAGAGAAGAGAGCAAAAAGCAAGAGAAAAGGAUGGGAUGGCAAAGGGGAGGGCAUGGAGUUCAUUUGUCAGUCAAGAGGAACUUUCAUGGCGCCCCUCGUUCCCAAGGGCGCAGCAAGCUAGCUGCCUGGCUGGCUGGCUGGCUGGCUGGUUGCUCUUUUUUGCAGCUCAAUUAAAUUGGAAUUUAAUUUCGGGCUUAGACAGGAAGCCUCCGGUCAAGUCUGACCACUACACACAUACUACAUAUAGACAGAUACACAGAUACACAGAUACAAAGAUGGAAAGAUACACAGGCACACAGAUAGAUGGACACAUGGGCAGUAUGGCUGGUUGGCCAACAACUUUGAUGUUAAUUUCAUUCUUUUUUUUUUUAUUCACUCUGGAUGCUGGGAAUUUGCGGUCAGUAGUUCCGGAAAUGCCAGCGAUCCUACCAAUUUUUAGCCGUUUCAUGUUCCGCUGGCACUGCCACUGUCAGAUACUCGGAUGGAUAGUGUUGUAGAUACAAGAUACGCAUGUCAAUCAAAACAAAAAAGAUGCAUAAUGAGCUACAUUUCGUAAAAAACUAAAGAUAUUUAAAAAUUAAAAAAUAAAACAUACAUAUAUUAGAGUGAAGAAGGCACCAAGUGCCCUCCGAUUCAAGAUCUUUUUUUUUUAUCGUCAUAAUAUAUGUCAUAAUGUUAUAAUAAUAAUAAAUAAUUAAAAUUAAUCGAUGAAGCAAUUUAAAAAUGGCAUUUUAAGAAUCGAAACUAGCCUAAGGUGUUUGAGAAUCUUGAAACUAAUGACUAAGAGAGAGAGAGAGCUGCUGGAGCUGCUGGAGAAAUCAAAACUAGAACAUGCAUUUAAAUUGCUGCUAAAAAAUAAUAAAAAAAAAAAAAACUAAUUAAAAGAGAGCCCACUUAUCAUUUGGCCAUCAGGACAAACUAAUUAUUUCCUUCAACGAUCAGUGCAGAGAAUAUUUACUCCGUCCGUUUGCAGUUUUUUAUGAUUUUGUUUUUUUUGGCCAUCGACUCAAAGCCAUCUCUCGACCGGAAUCUCACUUGUAAGCAGUAUUAAACGGGGCCUGGUACUAACUGGAAUCAUUACUUAAGAUAAUACUAACUAGUAGACCCCCCCGACACCACAUUCCCCCCCCCUAACAACUCGCAUCCAACACGAAGGGCAGCAAACAAUAAGUAUUCGAUUAUAAACUAAUCAAAAAAAUAAAUAAUACAAUUUGUAAAUAGAAGUACUAAGUGUAUGAGUGUGAGGCUAAACAAUUAAAACAUAUAUUAAUUAAUUAAUUCAUUAAUUAAUUAAUUAAUUACUAAAGGCAAAGACUUAACUUAAGCUUAAGGCCGACAAACUCAAAGUUGUGUAGAUUUUAAUGUUAAAAAAAAAGAAAAGAAAAGAAAGAAAGAGAAACCUAAGCUAAGAACUUUUCUUUUUUAAUUGUUUUUUGUUUAAUUUUUAUUUAAUUUUUUUAUACAUGUUUAUUGUUUUUUUUUGUAUCUCCAUCGUUUUUUAUGUUACCUUCCGCUUUGUGGCUAACCAAAAAAAAAAAAAACUGCUUUGCUGAAACUGCUUGCCAAAAAAAAAAAAAACAAAAAAAAAUUAUAUAACAGAAGUGCAUAGCCAUAACUCAUACGCCCC